AUCUAGCCUGUGUAUUGUGUCAAGCAUGUGGAGACACGAGACAUGAGUGAAGCAUGAGACUAGGUCCUCUCCCCGUGGAACUCACACGCUAAACGUAGGAAAAUCACAGCAAGCCUAGAGAUGCUCCAAGUGGUGCUGGAUGAGUUAGAAGGAGCAAUUCCUUCCACUGAGGGAAGCAGCCCUGCCAGUUGGCAAGAAGAAGGUCGGCAAAGCUGCUGAUAAGAGGAGUAUAAAGAGGGCUUAGUCCAUGCAAGAGGCCAGUGGGCUACUCCAUUGGCAACAUGCUGCACUUCCUGGUGUUCGCAACCCUGGUCCUUUACGGACACAGCACCCAGGACUUUCCGGAAACCAACGCCCGGGUAGUCGGAGGGACUGAGGCCGGGAGGAAUUCCUGGCCCUCUCAGAUUUCCCUCCAGUACCAGUCUGGAGGUUCCUGGUAUCACACCUGUGGAGGGACCCUCAUCAGACAGAACUGGGUGAUGACAGCUGCUCACUGCGUGGACUCCCCAUUGACUUUCCGUGUGGUGGUUGGAGACCAUAACCUGAGCCAGAACGAUGGCACUGAGCAGUACGUGAGUGUGCAGAAGAUCGUGGUGCAUCCAUACUGGAACAGCAAUAAUGUGGCUGCUGGCUAUGACAUCGCCUUGCUGCGCCUGGCCCAGAGCGUUACCCUCAAUAGCUACAUCCAGCUGGGUGUUCUGCCCCAGGAGGGAACCAUCCUGGCUAACAACAGUCCCUGCUACAUCACAGGCUGGGGCAGGACCAAGACCAAUGGGCAGCUGGCCCAGACCCUGCAGCAGGCUUACCUGCCCUCUGUGGACUACGCCAUCUGCUCCAGCUCCUCCUACUGGGGCUCCACUGUGAAGAACACCAUGGUGUGUGCUGGUGGAGAUGGAAUUCGCUCUGGAUGUCAGGGUGAUUCUGGAGGCCCUCUCCAUUGCUCGGUGAAUGGCAGGUAUUCUGUCCACGGAGUGACCAGCUUUGUGUCUAGCCAGGGCUGUAAUGUCUCCAGGAAGCCUACAGUCUUCACCCGGGUCUCUGCUUACAUCUCCUGGAUAAAUAAUGUCAUUGCCUCCAACUGAACAAUUUCCUGAGUCCAAUGACCUUCCCAAAAUGGUUCUUAGAUCUGCAACAGGACUUGCGAUCAACAAGUAAAAAACAUUCUAAAAGCAAAUAAAACAAGAUAUACAUUCCUAUACUGUGUCUUUCUAUUUAUAAUUAAGCCCUCUAGAGCAGGGGUCCCCAUGCCUGAUGAUCUGUCACUGUCUCCCAUCACCCCCAGAUAGGACCAUCUAGUUGUAGGAAAACCAGCUCAGGGUUCCCACUGAUUCUACAUUAUGGUGAGUUGUAUAAUUAUUUCACUAUAUAUUACAAUGUAAUAAUAAUAGAAAUAAAGUACAUAAUAAAUGUAAUGCACUUGAAUCAUCUCGAAACCAUCUCCCACCCUGGUUUGUGGAAAAUUAUCUUCCACAAAACUGGUCCCUGAUGCCAAAAAUAUUGGGGACCACUGAAUUAGAAGAAAUGCAGUUAUAGGAUCCAAAUUGGAUUUCACUACAUCUGUGUGCUGGUUCUUCCCUUCACUGCUACCUUUACCAAUCCACAACCCAAGCCCGGUGGGAGUAGCUUUACAUUACCCAUUUUGGGUUACUUUAGGAUCUACCUAUCCACUAAUCUGCCCAUCUGCCCUAUUCUUGUGCAUAUUUUCUAUAUUCAAAGGCACAGAGUACUUUAAAAAGUU